UCGUAUUAGAGUAGGAGCCUUAUUACUUGGACUAAGAAAUAAAUCGAAAUAUCAAAUAGAUGAACAGGUGGUGACAGCAGGCUUGGCGCAUGCGCGGGUGAGGCUUGGAGCUGGAGGUGCUGGCGGCGGCAACUUUCACUAUAUACUACACUCUCGCGGCUCACUUCUUGCGUAGCGUACAAGUCUGUGGGGCCGCACGCAGCCGCUCCAGUCCUCCCGCUGCUGGUGCUCUUGGUGCCUCUCGUGUUGGUGCUCCUCAGGACCUAAGUCGCUACUCGUCCCAGAACUGUCCGCCCGCACGACACAGUGAACUCGACUUGACUUGUUUGACCAUAGCUUUUGCGUCAAGCACUGAAAUGCAGUGAAUGACUUAAAUAAUUAUUAUAAGUCGCGUUACUUCUACGAGUUUCCGGAAUAAAAGUUUUUUGUGUUGUGUACAAACUUACAAAAUGCCGAAGAUCUUCUUAAUCAAAGACCGGCUGCAGCAGCAGCAGGCGAAGCUGUUGGAGGCGCAGAAAGCAGGAGCACCCCUCGAGGAUGAGCGCGGCCGUCAUGCAGACCUCAGCUCCUCCCCCUUCACAAGCAACCCCUCGACGCUGGACCUUCGGAGCGGCAGGUCCUCUCCGCGGGAGACUCUUAUGGACACGUCUCCGACUCCGUCUACGAUCGACCUCAGGAAAGACAACGUCGCCGCCCCAUGGAAGGAGGGGCGCCUCGAUCUCGCUCGUCUCGACCUGUCACGAGACUCUCCUCGCAGCCUAUCGCGGGAGAGUCGCCCCGACCUGUUAAGAGACAGUCGUCUUAGUUCUCCGCGGGAAAGCCGUCGCAACCUAUCCAGGGACAGCUGCCUGGACCUGCCCAUAGAAAGCCGUUUAAAUCUAUCAAGAGACAGCCGCCUUGAUUUAGCAGUAGACAGCCGGCUAAAUUUGUCAAGAGAAAACCACCUCAACCUGUCCAUUGGCAGCCGCCUCAGUCUACCCAGGGACAGCCGCCUCGACCUGUCACGGGACAGUCGGCUGGAAGUGACCCGCGAUGCCUCAGUCGACCUGGACAGAGAGAGCUCCCUGGAUUUACGACUCGGGGACAGGGGCACGGAGCGGGCCGGCAGCCCGGGCCGCCGCCCCCCGCGCUACUCCCCGCCGCGCCUGCUGGAUGACCACUCCUUCGACCAGCCGCUCUCCCUCACCGUCAGGGACAGAGAUGAUGACGGUGGUUACUGGCGAGAUGACGCCCAUGCCCGCAGCCCUUGCCCCCUGGACUCCCCAGCAGAACGCCCUCCCCGCGCCACCCUGCCGCCCAUCAGCCGCAUGCUGCCAAAGUCGACACUAUUGCUCCGCACCCGCUCGCCAGCGCUGCCCCCAGCAGACAUCCUGCUGCCCCCGCAGGAGGCGCCGCUGGACUGUCACGUACCGCGCCGCGCCGCCUCCCCUAGACUUCCACCCUUCUCUGACGUGCGGCGCCACAGGGCACCGUCCCCCAUGGACUACGACCACCGCCCAUCUCGCUACCACGACGACUCCAUCCUGCCCUACGACCUCACCACCCGCCGCGCCCGUUCCCCGCGCAGCGUGUCUCCUCAGUCGCUGCCGCCAGUCAUGGCCUCCAUGCACCUCACGCAAGCCACCAGUGCCGAGGACGGCGGCGGCCAGGGUAACGGCAGCGGGGCGCCUCCAAGUCAGCACGGCGGCAGCUCUAGCGGUGGCUAUGCCGAUACCUCUCAGACCUCGUUGUCUUUCUUUGGCUCACUGGGCAUCGGAGGAGACAAGGGCGGCAUGGGUGGUGCCGACGGAGGGGGCGGAGGUGGACAGACGCCCAGCGGAGGCCUCCUCAGCGUUGAGAGCACCUCCUUACCUCCACCGAUCCCAUUGCCUGUCGAGCCCCACGUUUAUUCCUUACCCGAGCACUGCCGCAGCAUUCCCCUCACCGCCAACGACACCUCUCAGGCGUUCCCGGCUCCUGCACACUUCAGAGAAAGACACCUUCACCUCCAACACCAACACCAGCUACAUCCACAUCACCAGCAGCAUCAGCCGCAGUCACAGCAUCAACAACAGCAGCCACAGCACCAUCAGACACUUCUACAGCCACAGCAAAUUCAGACUCAGCCUCCUCAGUCACAGUACACAGUGGCCCCGCCCUCCCCGUCACCUCUACCCGUCUCUCCCCCGCUGAGCUGCGCCCCGUCGCCCCUCACAUGCGGCACUACCAUCCUAAGAUCUCCUGAGGCGCAGACGCUUGAGCCCCUCACCACCCAAACACAGGUUCCUCUGGUUUCGUCGACUGACCUCCAGAGCGGGUGGUGCGAGCGGUCCCCCAUGUCCCCGCAAUACAUGCAAACCUCCUACCCGAGCCGCCCCUCCCCCGGCAGCACAUCCCUCCUGGACGCCUCCUCCCCGCCCCUCCACGACCUCCAGCGAGAGGUGCCACUACAGGUGAGGGUGUCCAUCUUGCAGCAGAGGCUUGGCCUCCCCGAAGACACUCCUCUCGAGUUCGUGAACGGCGGCCACGGCAUCAAGAACCCGCUGGCGCCGAAUCCCGAGAUGCCGCGCUCCGAGGGCCCGGAGAAGAUGCAGCAGCCUCCCGUCGUGGUGGAGGAAGAAAGCAGCAACAGCAAGUUCGUGUGUCGCGUGUGCUCCAAGGCGUUCAGCCUCCAGCGACUCCUUAACCGCCAUAUGAAGUGCCACUCUGAUGUCAAGCGUUACUUGUGCACUUUUUGUGGCAAAGGUUUCAACGACACCUUUGACCUCAAGCGCCACACUCGUACACAUACAGGUGUUCGUCCAUACAAGUGCAACCUCUGCGAGAAGUCCUUCACGCAGCGUUGCUCCCUCGAGUCCCACUGCCUGAAGGUGCACGGCGUCCAGCACAGCUACGCCUACAAGGAGCGUCGCUCAAAGGUGUACGUGUGUGAGGAGUGCGGCCACACCACGGGCGAGCCGGAGUGCCACUACAUGCACCUCAAGGACAACCACCCCUACAGCCCCGCGCUCCUCAAGUUCUACGAUAAGAGACACUUCAAGUUCAACAACUCCAACUUCACAAACGUCCUCCUCAUGAGUCAGACAUAGAGGGAUUUCUGUUCCGACUUGUCGCAAGUUUCCUAGACUUCAACAACAGUGGCAUUUGUUGGUUGUGCCUCCGCUCCCGCCGUCACGCGCGUCACACCGAUGGUUAUUCCUGCCAUCGUGACCUGGCGCCGAGCAGACCUGCCUGGCGGGAAAGAAGCAGGUUCAUAAAGGCCACACUCGUGCAAGGAGGCCACAUGUAUACCUUUGGCCAGUCCUGCCACUUAUUAAACACGCGUUCCUCUCCGCCUCUGGAGAUAAACAUAUCUUCAUGCUUUUUCUUUUUCUUUUUUCAAGAGAAACACGCAAGGCAUUAUAAGUUUAAUAAGUUAUGUGUAACUUCUUAAGCAACAUUUUUUUCUUUUAGUUUAGGAAUAGAUAUUAAGUUUAGCAAUGUGCUUCACCUCCGUGGAGGUGAUUCUUGUCAGUAGCUUUGUUCAGCAGGCUCUGCCUCAAGUGAUAGCAGGCUCGCUGAGACGUUUGCGGUGCACAGUUGAUUCACGAAAGUUGCAAUAUAGGUGUUAAGUUAUUGCUGAACCAAUGACUUCUUCAUAUAAUAUUUAGGUACAGCGUGAAUGAGUUUCCUUAUAAGUUAUCAUGGAAUUCAGAAUUUGCAGCAGAAAAACUGACUAGUAUUUUCAAAACAGCUUUCAGUCUGGUGUAGAAGUUUAUGAUCUCCAGUGUAACACGUGGGCAUUAAAUACGAUUGGUGCUCCAAGCCGUAAGUGAUACGUUUAUUUUAUGUUUGCAUAAAAUACCAACCAAUGAUAUUUACCUCAGAGCAGACACCUGCCGCCCACAUGUGGCAUUUGGAGCCCCGGAGUGGGACUGACCUCCCUCUUCUCGGUUCCACUAGUGACCCGACGCUGGCCUGCAGGUCAGCGCGGGUCACUUUUCAAGGUUGUGCAGCAUGGAGGCAGCGGCGGGCCCGGCGGUGCCCUCCAUGCGUGCGCGGUGGGCUCGCGGCGCUCUCGUGGUAUCUGCCGGUGAAGUACAAGGGUCUGGAGGGUGUAAAUAGCUGUAUAUAUGACGUUACUUUAAUUUUAUAUUUUUAUAAUUCUGCUGGGACUUUGACACUCGUCAGUGACAACACAAGAGGAGGGCCUCUCAUCCUCAAGGCCCUGCUGUCCGCUACACUCAUUACCCCAAUUCUUUCUUAAUUCUUUUGUUAUUCUGAGCAUUGAUUGAUAUUUAAAGUUUUCAUUACUGCCUAGAUUCGCUGUAGAUUUUGUGUAACCCAAGGAACAGCUGCAUCCGUCUUCCAAGCACAUCUGUGUCAAAUAGCAAUUCUUCGGCUUACGUCUGAGGGAGUGGAGUGAUUCAACGGGACUUAUAGUGCGUAGGAUCGUGAUCUUGUGAUGAUAUAGUUAGUGCAACUCAGCACGGUGAGAGACGCCCCCCCCCCCCCCACCCCCCUUCCACCUCGCUCCAGGCUUGCACGGAACCCGCCUCUCACGCUUAGUUGACGUCUCAUUGAAAGCUAAAAAGACGCUGGAAUCAACCAGAUUUUACAUUCGUCUUGGCACUUCUUCAAGUCGACCACUGCAAGCAUGGCCUCCGCUGGGCGUGCGGGCGGGCCGGGCCGGGCCGGGUGGCGCCCAUCACGCUGCUUCACUAGUACACGGGGUCCGGCGGGCGAGGCCGUGAGCGCCCGAGGCAGCAGCACUGUUGCCUUGGGGUCAUUUUCUUGCAUGGCACUUAGUGGCUGUCAGUCAUUUCUCAAGGUGAGCUUCUCGUGUCAUUUUCGCCUCUACGGGUUGCAGUUAUUGUUAGAAUCCUUUACUUAACCCUAUUUAUGGCCUAGGUCGUCAUCCUCACCCUCGGGUUUCUUGUUGAUUUCAGUCAUUACAAUAUAUAUUUUUUAGAUUUGUCUUUUGUGUCUGUUUACGUAUAUUCUCUAUUUUCUUUGUAUAUAUCUAUAUUAAGAUAAUAAAAUAUUUGAAACCAA